AUGAGACACUCGGUUAUUAAUUCUGUAGAUGUUGUAGGUGGGGACCUCUCUAAUGAUGAGGGAGAUGGCCCGGAUGCGCCCGGUGAUGAGAUGGACGUGGAUCAGCUACCUGUGUCUAUACUUACAGAUGGCAAUCGAGACAUGAGCGUCUCAUCCCAAGUGAACUUGGUUCCAAAGGAAGCCGAUAGAGGCAGCCAGGGUCACGACACAAACCCUUCAAUUCCUUCUACACCCAGAGCGACUUCCAUCAUCCCUUCGAUCCCUGGCACGAACAUCGACAAGAAUAACCUUGUCCCCCUUUCGUCUCCUGCCAGCAACAACAGCGAUUUGUCCAUGCCUCCAACUCCCAGAGCGUUUUGCUCGAUCUCGCCUCCCCCUGACACGAACAUCGACAACAACAACUCUACCCCUCCUUCACCUGCCACCAAUACUAUUCCUAGAGUGACUCGCUCGAACUCGCCUCCCGCUCAGGUGGAUGACCAUCAGCUAAAUGCACUCAUGACCCGUGCCGGCACAAAAGCCACCAAGAUCUGCAAAAAGGCAAAAGGGAAAGGCUAG